CAAUCCGGAAAAGUAUCUAGCAUCAAUGUGGCUUCAAUACCGCGAUGCGGUUGAGAUACUUGAAGAAUUUGAUGAUAAGUUCAAAUCAAUGAAGGGUAAGAUUGUUGACAUUGGCUGUGGCCCUGGAAAGGUGUCAAAAGAUCUGCUGUUGCCGAAAAUUGGAGAGAACGCGUCUGUUAUUGGUAUCGAUAUAUCUCCAGCGAUGCUAAAAUAUGCAAAGGUCUAUUGCGCUAAUGAGGAGAGAAUAACUUUCACUCAAUUAAAUAUUGAAACACCUGAUCUACCGGACAAUUUGAUUGGGCAGUUUGAUCACGCAACAGCCUUCUACUGUCUCAAUUGGUGCAGAAAUAUGAAAGUAACAAUGGAAAACAUCUAUAAUCUCCUCAAACCUGGCGGAAGGACAAUUGCUCUGUUGAAUUUACAUCACAACAUCUUCGAUUUCUACCUAGAACAGCAGAGGGAUCCAUCGUUCUCAGUUUAUAUGAAGGAUGCGUUGAAAUAUAUCCCCCCGCACUACGGAUGUGGUAAUCCUGAGAAGAAAUUCCGGGCCCAAUUGGAAGGUGCUGGAUUCAACGUACUACAUUGUUCUGCAAGAUCUAAGGUUUUCACAUUCCAAACCAUGGACCAUCAGCUUGAUUUUCUGUGGGCUGUGAACCCAUUCUUGGAUCGAAUGCCAGAAGACGUGAAGAAGCGCUACCGAAAAGACGUCGAGAAAAGACUUAGAAAGAAACUUCAACGAAUUACUAAUGAGAAUUCAGAUGGAUACGUCAAUAUCGAUGAUUACUACGCAAUACUGGUUGCGGUAUUUGAAAAGCCGCAGGUAGAACGAAGUGUUGACUCGGAUGCACAUAUUUGAUACAUUUCUCAGAGAUCACCUUCCACGUAAUAUUUUAUGUACAAUAUUAUAUAUUUAUAUAUGUAACAUAAAAAAGAAUCAAGAUUUC